AUGCACAAGCAAUACAUAAUAGGGCAGGUUACAGAAUUCCAGAAUGGAAACAAGUUUAACUUUGGAGCCAUUUAUGGUAUGCAUACUGUUCAAGAUAGAAAAAUAUUAUGGGAAGAUAUGGAAAAAAUCAUAGCUGGUAUUAAUGGACCUUGUGUGUUAAUGGGGGACUAUAAUACUAUUUUAUCUAGUGAAGACAGGAUGCAAGGGACCCCAGUACAGGAAUUUGAAGUGAAAGAUUUCAAAGAGUUCAUUUGGGAGGCUGGACUAACUGAAUUGAGAAUACUUGAAAGGAAGUACACUUGGACAAACAAUCAUGUCCAUAGUAAGAUAGACAGAAUACUUGUCAAUGCUACAUGGAUCCAGAAAUGGCCUAAUGGAAAUAGACCUUUCAAGUUUUUCAAUUGCUUGACUCAACACAAAGAGUUUGAGGAUACUGUGUACAAAUGCUGGACAAAAAGGGAUGGUGGAACAAUAAUGAACAAUGUGUGGAUGAAACUCAAGAUACUAAAGACCAAGCUGAAGCAAAUGAAUAGUCAAGAUUUUAACAGUACUGGACAAAGAAUUCAAGUAGCAAGAGCAAAGUUGGAAGGGAUUCAGGAACAAAUGGUUGGACCUGGGAAUAGCACUAAAAGUGUAGCUCAAGAAAAAGAGACAAACAUGGAGUUGGUUAAAUGGCUUGAAAUUGAGGAAAGUAUAAUGAAGCAGAAAUCAAGGAUUAAAUGGCUCAACCUGGGAGAUUCAAAUACAUUAUAUUUUUAUGCAUGUGUUAAGAAUAGACAAGCAACUAAUCACAUUGGAAGAUUGACUAAUAGUGCAGGGCAACUACUCAUGAAUGCUAAUGAUGUGGAAACAGAAAUACUGAAGUUCUACAAGCAGCUACUUGGAACAACAACAACUCAAAUACCAGCAGUUAAUAAAGAAGUGAUGCGGCAAGGCUACAAUCUAAGCAGACAACAACAAAUGAAGCUAAUAAAAGUAGUAACUGAAGAUGAAAUCAAGACAACAUUACAGGGUAUUAGUGACAACAAAGCACCAUGA